CGAAAACUAUUAAUCUUUCGCAUCCGUUAUGGGCCUCCGGUAUGAAAUGAGACAGAAGUCCAGCCUAGUUUUUUUCUGUCCAAUAAAAUGUGAAAUUACGCAGCGUGCGUGCCUGACAGCGGACGCGCGGCGCAGAGAGCAGCAGCAGACAGACAGGCAGGCAGCGGAGUUGGUACGAACAUCUUCGACUUCACAAACCAAACCAAAAACACCUCGACUGCUCUUCAGCUGCUCUGCUCUCAGACAUGCCCUGGACCGGUCGCUGUUUUGGGGAUUUACGUUGGAUUUAGCGUCCGAUCGCUCCGGAAAAGAUGACUACAUGUGAAGUAAACAGCGCAGGAGAAAGUGUGCCUUGUUUGGAGCCGAACGGGUCGUGUGCCACAACAUAAAACUCGGAGCGCAUCAAGGCCAGCAGCAGCCUGUAGCACUCAUUAGCUAGUCGGCUAACGCUAGCCUGCUAACGUUACAGGUGUUCAGGCAGCAAAUAACCAAGCAUAACUUGUAGCCGUAGUUAGCUGGCAACAAGCUGAGCUACAGUGUAGUGACUUAAUAUUGAACUUAACGUGCCUGUUAUACGCUUUUUGGCAAACGCCAAGUAGCAAAUAUAACACUUAGCAACAUUGUUAUUAGCCAUUAGCUUUUUAGUUAGCCGUCGUGCCGUGUUUACAGCAGCAGCAGGCUAGCCUCGCUAGCCACCGAGCUAACGAGUUAACUUUAUAGCUACAUGUGCUUAUUUUCUUUUUUAGCUAAUUUUUCGCUGUUUGACCAGACUCAACCCGGGACUAGCAGUGUGGUUUGGUGAUACUCUUCAUAUUUGCAACCGAGACAGUUUGACUUUUUCCCACCGUGCCUGCCCUGGACUGACCCACCCACAAGGACUAUCUAUCCGGGGCCGAUGCUGACAGUUCAGCCCGGAUCACGGCAACGCCAGGAGCCGCUACAGCAAUGCAGCCCCAGCAGAUAUACGACUUUUCAAGUGACGAGAACAGUCAUAAAUGGAGAGGCCUCUUCGUGCAAGCUUUACGAAAGGUACAGAAGCAGGUCCACCCGAGCCUCAUGGCGAAGGAGGAUGCCCUGCAGCACAUCGAGGAGCUGAUCCUACAGCUGCUCAACAUGCUGUGUGUGGCCCAGCCUCGCACUGUUCAGGAUGUAGAGGAACGGGUCCAGAAAACCUUUCCCCACCCUAUAGAUAAAUGGGCAAUCGCCGAUGCUCAGUCCGCUAUUGAGAAACGAAAAAGGAGGAACCCCUUACUUCUUCCUGUGGACAAGAUACACCCACUGCUUAAGGAGGUUUUGGGCUAUAAAGUGGACUACCAUGUUUCCUUGUACAUCGUGGCUGUGCUCGAAUACAUAUCAGCAGACAUACUGAAACUGGCUGGCAACUAUGUCGGCAACAUUCGGCACUAUGAAAUCAGCCAGCAGGACAUUAAGGUGUCCAUGUGCGCAGACAAGGUGUUGAUGGACAUGUUUGACCAGGAGGACAUCGGCUUGAUGUCUCAGUGCACAGAGGAGCCGUCGUCCUCUGGGGAGCUCACGUACGACGACCUGGUGAGGCUUGAAAUCGCAGAGGAGCGGCAGUACCUGCGCGAGCUCGACCUCAUCAUCAAAGUGUUCCGCCAUCACUUCCUGUCCAACCCCAAAAUCUUCACGCCUCAGGAUGUGGAGGUGAUCUUCAGUAACAUCCUGGACAUCCACGAGCUGACGGUGAAGCUGCUCGGACUGAUCGAGGAUGCCGUGGAGAUGACGGCUGAUGGCAGCCCUCAUCCGCUGGUGGGCAGCUGCUUUGAAGAUCUAGCAGAGGAGCAGGCGUUUGACCCCUACGAGACCAUGUCUCAGGAUAUCCUCAGCAAGGAUUUCCAAGAGCACUUCAACAACCUGAUGGCGCGGCCAACCACUGGCCUCUACUUCCAGUCAGUUGCAGAAGGCUUCAAAGAAGCAGUCCAGUAUGUCCUUCCACAGCUGAUGAUGGUCCCAGUAUACCACUGUAUGCACUACUUUGAGCUACUGCAGCAACUUCAGGAGCGCAGCGAAGACCAAGAUGACAGAGAAUGUCUGAAACAGGCGAUCACAGCGCUGCUCAACCUUCAGUGUAGCGUGGAGCGCAUCUAUGCCAAGCACCAGCCUCGCCGUAAACCAGGUGAGCCCAUGUACCGCCUGUACAGCAGGCAGGUUCGUAGCAAACAACUAGCCAUCAAACGAAUGAACGAGAUUCAGAAGAGCAUCGACGGCUGGGAGGGAAAAGACAUCGGUCAGUGCUGCAGCGAGUUCAUCCUGGAGGGCCCGCUUAUACGAGCUGGCGCCAAGCACGAGAGACACAACUUCCUGUUCGACGGCCUGAUGAUAAGCUGCAAGGCCAAUCAGAGCUCACGGCUCCCAGGUUCGGGCAGCGGGGCGGAGUACCGUCUGAAGGAGAAGUUUGUGUUGAGGAAGGUCCGCAUCGUGGAUCGGGAGGACUCUGUAGACCUGCGGCACACCUUUGAACUGAUGGGAAAAGAUGAGAACUGUGCGGUUUUCUGUGCACGGACAGCAGAGGAGAAGGCGGCGUGGAUGGCGGCGCUGGUGUCUCUGCAGUACCGCUCCACUUUGGAUCGCAUGUUGGACACAAUGCUGCAGCACGAGGAACAGGCGCAUCCUCUAAGACUACCCUCCCCGGAGGUUUACCGCUUUGCUGUGCAGGACUCUGAGGAGAAUAUUGUGUUUGAGGACAAAGUGCAGAGCAAAACGGGCAUCCCCCUCAUUAAGGCCGGCACGGUGGUCAAGCUCAUAGAGAGGCUCACCUACCAUAUGUAUGCUGAUCCAAACUUUGUGCGCACGUUUCUCACCACAUACCGAUCGUUCUGCAAACCACAAGAGCUUCUCACCCUGCUGAUAGAAAGGAUUGAGAUCCCAGAGCCAGAACCGACUGAGGAGGACCGGCAGGCUCUCUGGAACGGCGACCAGCCAAUGGCGGCCGAGCUGCAGAGAUUCAGGAAAGAAUACGUGCAGCCAGUCCAGCUCAGGGUUCUCAACGUUUUCCGUCAGUGGGUCGAACACCAUUUCUACGACUUCGAGAACGAUCCCGAGCUGAGAAGUCGGUUAGAGGAGUACAUCACCAGCAAAAUUCAACUGCGAGGCAAGUCGAUGAGAAAGUGGGUUGAGUCCAUCAAUAAGAUCAUCAAGAGGAAGCUGCAGACACAGUCCAAUGGCGUCAGUCACAACAUCACCUUCGAGAGCCCACCUCCACCCAUUGAGUGGCACAUCUGCAGAGCAGGCCAGAUGGACUUAUUCGACCUCAUGACCCUUCAUCCAAUAGAAAUCGCCCGCCAACUGACUCUGCUCGAGUCGGAGCUCUACAGAGCCGUCCGACCGUCCGAGCUGGUCGGCAGCGUCUGGACCAAAGAGGACAAAGAGAAGAACUCGCCGAACCUGCUGCGCAUGAUCCGCCACACCACCAACCUCACGCUGUGGUUCGAGAAGUGUAUUGUAGAAACGAUGAACCUGGAGGAGAGGGUGGCCGUGUUGUCACGCGUCAUUGAGAUCCUGCAGGUGUUCCAGGAGCUCAACAACUUUAACGGUGUCCUGGAGGUGGUCAGUGCCAUCAACUCUGUCCCAGUCUACAGGCUCGACCACACCUUUGAGGCAAUACCAGAGAGGAAAAAGAAAAUCCUGGAGGACGCUGUGGAACUGAGCCAGGACCAUUUUAAGAAAUACUUGGCUAAACUGAAGUCAAUAAACCCACCCUGUGUGCCUUUCUUUGGUAUCUAUUUAACCAACAUCCUGAAGACGGAGGAGGGCAACCCGGACUUCCUCAAACGCCACGGCAAGGAGCUGAUCAACUUCAGCAAGAGGAGGAAAGUGGCUGAAAUCACAGGAGAGAUCCAGCAGUAUCAGAACCAGCCGUACUGUUUGAAGGUGGAGCACGAAAUCCGGAGGUUCUUCGAGAACCUGAACCCGAUGGGCAACAGGAGUGAGAACGAGUUUGCUGACUACCUGUUCAAAAUAUCUCUGGAAAUUGAGCCACGCAACUGCCGGCAGGCUCCCCGAUUUCCCAGGAAGACCAUAUACACUCUGAAAUCCCCGGGGACCCGGCCUGUGCGAACGUCUACCUCUGGCACCCUGAAGGGCCACCCUGUCCCCCUGGAGAGGGAGCCCCCACACAAGAUCACCUUCCGGAGUAUCGCCGAGACGGAGCCGGAGACGCCGGCGUCUGCCUCGGUGCCCACCUCUCCGAACACGCCGACCCCUCCGCAGUCGGCCUCCUCCGAACUCGGCUCAGUCUUCGUGGAGCACGACCUCAGCAGCUCCUAUGGCGGUACAUGUGCUCCAGUUCAUCUUCAGCCUUUGAAGUUCCAGUCUGUGUCUUGCGGCAGCCUCCACCAGCUCGUCGAGGAGCAGCUGAAGCCGCCUCCUCUGCCGCCGCGAAGGAAAGAUGCGAUGUCUGAAGCCAAACUGAGCUCCAGGUCCGACAGCCCCCCAGCCAUCCCUCCCCGGGUGCCCCCUCCCGUGCCCAGGAACCAGCCUCGUCCAGGGGUCUACAACGGCCCCCCGAGCGACGGCCCCCUGCCAAGCCCUCCUCCGCCGCCGCCCCGCGACCCUCUGCCGGACACGCCUCCCCCGGUGCCCCAGCGGCCCCCAGAGAUCUUCAUUAACUACCCCCUGAACCUGCAGCCUUCCCCCGUGGGCCGAUAUCACUGGGACUUCAGCAGCUCGCCGAGCUCCCCGAACACCCCGCCCAGCACGCCGUCGCCUCGCGUCCCCAGGCGGAGCUGCCCGCUAAGCGCCAGCCAGAACAGCCUCUGUCCUCUUCCUGUUCCCAUCACGGCUCCACCUGUGCCCCCACGCCACAACUCCAGCCCGCAACUCCCCAAACUCCCACCAAAGACAUACAAAAGGGAGCUGCUGCAGCCGCCACUACAAGGCCUCUCAUUGGUGGAGAACACCGACAGCAGCCAGUGAGUCUGCGCUGUGCGUUUUUAUUUUUAACACCUCGAGGUGAAAUGCAAACUUCAAACUGUCUCCUGCAAACAAAGACACAGUGGACUCAAAGCUACUGAUCAGAAAGAAUUACACUGCUCCACACACACACACUCUUAACUCCACCCACCGCCCUCUGCAUUAACCUAUCGCACCCCCGCUGUGCCUCUCAGGGGAUCAGUAGCUCCGCCUUCACCAUAAACCCUCUGUGCCAAUGAGAAACCCACACCGGUGUGCCAGCUAAUAAACAACAAGGAGUUGAGUGUUUUGUGUCUUCUUUUUUUCCUCUGCGCGGAGCAGAACCGUCUGCUCCUGAUGAAAGUUCUCACCCUUCACACUCGUAACCCACACGUAACCCACACGUAACCCACGUCCCACCCGUCUGUCAGGGUGGGGUGAACGUGGAGGCCUUGGACUUCGUAGCCUCAACUGUCGUGCUUUGUUUCUUUGGGCAUUGACGUCGUCUGUCGUCCUACUGCAGCUCGCAGAUUUUUACAACCUCCUCCUCCACCUCCACUUCCUCCUCCACCUCCACCUCCUCGACGAUCCACUUAGACGUAGCUGUUGGACAGCGAGCGCGAGCAGCAGACAUUUCCACAGAUUUUUUUUGUUUUGUUUUUUUGUCCUAUAAACUGAUAAAGAAACACUUGCCAAAGUCUUAUUUUAUGCAGGGGGAUAAGGGAUUUUCUUUCUUUCUUUCUUUCUUUUUUAAACAAAUGUGACGUUAAAAGAAACACGUAGAGGAGGCGACACUGAAUCCCCCACCUUGUAUCUCAACUGUACACUGUGACUGUAACGACGUGAGUCAAACUGUCAGACUGUUUGUUUUGUUUUGUUUUGUUUUUGUCUGAAGACAGGCCUCUCCGCAGCCACAAAACGUUGCCUUUUAAAGAUCCAACAGCGGUGACCUCUGACCCCAGGCUCCGGUCCUCUCGGCCCGGAUUGGACAACGAGAGCCGAGAACACUCCAUUUGCACAGCGAGUUUGGGCAGAGUCAGCAGGUUUCGAUGAGACUAUUGAAAAUGUCCCUCUGCGUUGUGUGCGACGGAGGGACGUCCGCCACGAUAUCAAACAGCACCGAUCCAGGACGUGGACGAGGUGGGGACGGAGACGCGAGUUCUUCUCCCCUCUCCGACGCUUCGAAAGCCGAUGUCUUAAGCGAUCCCCUUACGGACGUGCGCUGCUGUCUUGACACUGUGCUCUUCUCCAGAAGCCCUCAUGACCAACUCUUCUUCAUUGGUAUUAAAACUCAGCACUAGAAGCACGCUUCCUCCCACCAGAGCUGGGACAGCUCCCCCCAGUGGCUGCUCGAAAUACCGGAAAAAUUAAAAACAAACAAAAAAGAAAAAGAACUUUUUAACCACAUUUCUUCUGUGUAUCUCUCUCUCUCUCUCUCUUUUUCUGCUUGAAAACAUUUUGUUUCAUGUUGGAAAGACUGAAAUAAUCCAUGCAUCAUGCUCAGAUGUGCCUUUUAUUUUGUUUUCUACUUUACAGAAAUAAGCAAAUGGUGUCUAAAAUGCUAAAAGAUAAAGUUGCCUAUGUAAUGUUUAGAACAAAGCUAUACACUAUGAAAUUGUACAUGUUUGUGGAUACUGUGUAUAUAUAACAUGUAUACACUAACUAAAUAAUUUGUAUAAAGUGACAAGUUUUUUUCUCUCCCUGUUGUAUUGUACCCUCAUCCGCAUCUGUUCAGUUGACUAUUGCCUAAUAAUCCAAUGCUGCUACAGUCGGAUAAAACAAAAAAAAAAAAGGAAAAAAAAAAACAACUAAAAAAUAAGAAAAUAAAAAACAGGUCACUGUCACUAACUUACUUACAGACAAUCUCCAGUUGAAACACUGGGAGUAUUAACUGAGGAAAGCCAUUUUUUUCUUCCCUGCCCCCUUAGCUGUUUUGAAGCAAUGAAAAGAAAAUAUAUAGUUCAGUAUGCCAAGCACUUACUUAGAUGUGUGCUUCACUUUGUACGUCCUACUAAUUGCCUUUUUCUCCUUUUCAAAGGUUUUUUAAUGCUAACACUCAUUCAACAGAGGUUGGGAUGGUAUUACAGUUGCAGCUGAAUAUAAGUCUGCAUAUAUUCAGCUUCAAGUAUUUGAGCAUAGUGAAGAAUUGGACUUUUUUUUUUCCGAGAAACACACUUUGUGCACUUUAGGCUGUACUGUUGAAGAGCCACAGUUGUUAUAGGUCAUGUUUGUAAAUGCAGUGGUCCUAUGCAACUGUUCAACUCAACUUUCUACAUGGAUCAGGGCAGAAGAACCCCGAGUCUACCGCCUCACUUUUAUCCCCAUGAUGUUUGUGAGAGAAAACACCCGAGGAUGUCUGACCAACACGAGUUGGGUUUCAGAAAGCGUCAAGAGAAAAAAAAAAAACACAUUUAUUUUAUUUUAAAUCAGUUGUGCCCUCUUUUCUCCUCACAGCGGCCUCCUCCGCCUCUCGCUGCGUUUUGUGCAGGUCGUGAGGGCCGAUUAAAGCGAUCAAACUCGAGGUGAAAGAGAAGUUGUGGAGGAUUGUUAUCAACAGCUGAAGUCAAGUCACUUCACUGUCGUGUUCACUCAUGUUCAGUCCAUUUCCCAAGUCAGUAUUGGUGGGGUUAAUUUUGCCAAAAUGUUCUUUUCAUUUUCUAUGUUGUGUUGUUUUUUCCUUUUGUAAACCCCAGCCCUGACAGAAUGACACAUUGGUUUUUCCUCCAGUGGCACUGUAACAGCUUGAUCCAGCAGUCGGUUUAUUUGAUGGUAUGUGGCCUUUUAACUGCUUUGUAUUAAUGGUCUUGAUGAGAUUAAUAAAUCACCCAGUCUUAUUUUGUACUGAA